AUGGAAGAUCUUCCUCAAAGGUACGCGGAAGCUAUUGAUCCAUGCCUUUCCGAAGAGGAAGAUGGUGAAACGUUGCAAGGAGAAGCUCUAGAGUUUGAAUAUGUGCACAAUAAUGUGGUUAGGGACGCCUAUGGAUUUGCUGUGAGACCUCAGAAUAUACAAACAUAUAGAGAGUACCUUGAUAUCUACAAGCAAGAGGAAGAGGAAAGAAUAGAGAAAUGGAAGAUCUUCCUCAAACGUAAUUCCGAGGAGGAAGAUGGUGAAACGUUGCAAAGAGACGCUCCAGAGGUGAAAAAUAAGGCUCGUCUUCACGAAGAAAAUAAAGAGACCUUACCUGCAGAAGCUCAUGAGGUAAAUGAAGAUGCUUCUAUUGAGGCAAGUGAAGAGACUGCAUCUAAGAAGCAAUACGAGGUGACCUUGCAGACUGAAGCUACUCAAUUGAAUAAAGAUGCUGCUUCUGAGGAAUGUAAGGAGACAUUACAAGGUGAAGUGGCUGAAGUGAAAGAGGAGGUUGAUUCUUCGGAAAAAAGUAAAGAUACAUCAGAGACUGAAGCCACUGAGUUAAAAGAAGAGGCUGAUACUGCCGGUUUAUCAGAAAGUGAAACAGGAACGCCAAAUUCUCAUUCAAUGGAAAAUGCAAGAGAAAAGGAGAUGAAACUCACAGAAGAAACAAAGACUCGUAAGGUCAACAGAUGGGCUAAGACCAGACCAGCUCUUCGUGCCAUUGAGAAUUUAAUGAGUUUAAGGGUUAAGAGGAAGAAUAUGAAAAAUAGGAAUAUGAAUGGAAGCGAAUGCCAUCUUCCAUCAGUAAAAGAGGCAAGAUCUUCAGAAAGAGAGUCUGAGGUUGAGUUUGAAGAAAAGGUAUGUGUGAAUGAGAUCUCAGCUACCGAAGGAAGUAAUGCAGACAAUGAGGCUUAUGAUGAAUCUUUUUUUCCUUGGAAAGAGGAACUGCAGAGCCUUGUUCAUGGAGGAGUGCCAAAGGAUCUAAGGGGGGAGGUAUGGCAAGCUUUUGUAGGUGUUAAGGCACGGCGAGUGAAGAGAUAUUACAAUGAUUUGCUGGCUCAAGAAAACAAUGAUGAUGAUGAUCAGCAUAGUAACUCACCUGGUGUGUUUAGAAAAUGGAGAAAGCAGAUUGAGAAGGAUUUACCCCGGACUUUUCCAGGUCAUCCAGCUCUGAAUGAUCGAGGUAGGGAUACCUUGAGGCGUUUACUUUUAGCAUAUGCUCGACAUAAUCCUUCUGUUGGAUAUUGCCAGGCAAUGAAUUUCUUUGCUGGAUUAUUGCUUCUUCUUAUGCCAGAGGAAAAUGCCUUUUGGACCUUGGUGGGAAUUAUUGAUGACUACUUUGAUGGGUAUUACACAGAGGAAAUGAUAGAAUCCCAGGUUGAUCAACUAGUAUUUGAAGAGUUGAUGCGUGAAAGAUUCCCCAAAUUGGUCAAUCAUCUAGAUUACUUGGGAGUGCAGGUGGCAUGGAUUUCUACACCGUGGUUUAUCUCCAUUUUUGUUAAUAUGCUUCCUUGGGAAAGCGUUCUUCGCAUUUGGGAUGUGAUUCUAUUUGAAGGAAAUCGCGUUAUGCUGUUUCGAACGGCCCUUGCUUUAAUGGAGCUACAUGUUCCUGCCUUAGUUACAACUAAGGAUGCUGGGGAUGUCAUCACUAUGCUGCAAUCCCUUGCUGGCUCAACAUUUGACAGCAGCCAACUUGUUUUGACUGCCUGCAUGGGGUUUCUAGCUGUUACUGAAGGCAAAUUACAGAAUUUGAGAGAAAAGCAUAGGCCAACUGUGCUAAUGAUUGUCAAGGAAAGAGCACAAGGAGCUCAAGUUUCCAAAAAUUCAAAAGGAAUUGCUACUAAGCUGUAUAGUUUUAAGCAAAAUCGUGGGCAAGAGGAAACAAAUCCUGCUGAAGAUGACGGAAACGGUUGUAAGUUGGAGCCCCGUUCCUCUGAUCUGGAUAAACUGCUCUGUAGCCUAAAUGCAGAUUUAGAAGUUGGUUCCCUCCCAUCUCUUCGGGAUCAGGUUGAUAGGAUGAAGGUUGAGUUGUGUAGGUUGCUCGAGGAAAAAAGAGCUGCUAUACUCCGAGCUGAUGAGCUUGAGAUAGCACUUAUGGAGUUGACCAAAGAAGAUAAUCGACAAGAACUGAAUGAAAAGAUUGAACAGUUAGAGCAAGAGGUGGCUGAUCAACACCAAGCUCUUGCUUUUAAGAGAGAGCAAGAAGCUGCAAUGCUUAAGGUUUUAGAGCAGCUGGAGCAGGAGCAAAGGAUUGUCGAAGAAGCUCGCAAAAAAGCAGAGAAAGAAGCAGCUGCCUUGAGAGAAGCAAAUGCCGAGCUUCAGGAAAAGUACGAGAAGGCUUUGGCUUCUAAUGCUGAAAUGCAGAAGAGGGUGGUUAUGGCAGAAUCAAUGUUGGAGGCUACCUUGCAAUAUGAAUCUGGCCAAGCUAAACCACAAACUUCACAGACUCAACGAGCCAAUUCUGGACGAAAGGGAGGAGGGAUAUUGUCAUUUGGACUUGGCUUGCGGGACAAAAUCAAGGGAAUACAUAAUGUUGAGGAGCCUACAGAUGGUAAAUCCAACCAAAGUGCAACGGAGGAAGAAACUAACACCGAAGACGGAGAGAAGAGCUCUAGUUAGGAAUAGUCCUAGUGCCAUUGUUAUCCUUUAAUUUUUGUGCUUCUUUUUUGUAGUUUCAAAUAUACUGGCAACUAAUGAUAAGACUUAAGAGGGUUCUAUUUGUAUAAAAAGUGUUAAUUUUGAACCCUAGUAACUUGUAGAACUAGGUUGAUUUGAAUAUAAUCAUAUGUGAAGCAUCAUAUUAUACAUUGUUCAGUAAUCAAAGAAUUUUGUUUUAUUUA